AUGACUUAAUGGAGUCAAAAAGUGGGAAAAAUAAGUCUAGCAGUAGUAGUAAUAAUAAUAAUAAUAAUCUAUCCUUAAUCUACGAAGCUCCCCUCGGUUACAGCUUUGAAGACGUAAGACCAAGCGGAGGAAUCAAGAAGUUCAGAUCUGCGGCAUACUCCAAUUGUGCACGCAAGCCAGACAUGGCAAUCUCUGCAAUUGGAUUUGAAGGUUAUGAGAAAAGGCUCGAAAUUUCCUUUGCUCAAUCAUCUACCGGGAAAACCCUCCGAUCACUUUCCAAAGACCAGUUGGAUGAAUUUCUACGACCAGCUGAGUGCACCAUAGUUUCCUCUUUGUCAAAUGAGCAUGUUGAUUCAUACGUUCUCUCUGAAUCAAGCCUUUUUAUCUACUCUUACAAGAUCAUAAUCAAAACCUGUGGGACUACCAAGUUGCUUCUCUCUAUCCCGCCCAUUCUGAACCUGGCUCAUUCCCUUUCCCUCCAUGUACAAUCCGUUAGAUAUACUCGCGGAAGCUUCAUUUUCCCAUUAGCUCAGUCUUAUCCUCAUCGUAACUUCUUUGAAGAAGUUGAUGUCCUCAAUAGCUACUUUGGCUACCUUGGUUCAGGUGGCAAAGCUUGUAUAAUGGGUACUUCUGAUAAGAUGCAGAAAUGGCAUGUUUACACAGCAUCUGCUACUGCUGCUGAUGAUGAUGAUGCUGCUGCUGCUGCUACACAAUUCUCUUCUUCUGACCAACCGAUUUACACAAUGGAGAUGUGUAUGACGGGUUUGGACAAGCAAAAGGCAGCUGUUUUCUUCAAAGACCAAUCGUGCUCAGCUACUGUUAUGACCGUUGAUUCUGGAAUAAGAAAGAUUCUCCCUGAUUCCCAGAUAUGUGAUUUUGAUUUUGAGCCGUGUGGCUACUCUAUGAAUUCUAUUGAAGGAGAUGCGAUUUCGAGCAUUCAUAUAACUCCUGAAGAAGGUUUCAGUUAUGCAAGCUUUGAAAUGGUUGGUUAUAACCCGAAAGUGAUGAAUCUAGAGCAUUUGGUGGAAAGGGUGUUAUCGUGCUUCCAACCGAGUGAGUUCACGAUUGCUAUCCAUGCUGUUGAUGUAACAGGGGAGCAACUUGAACAGACAUGUUCUGUGGAUGUGGCAGAUUAUUGCAUUCAAGAGAAAAGCAAUCACGAUUUGGGAAUGACUACAGGUUCUACUAUCUUCCAAAAGUUUGUGAAAGCCACUGGACUUGAAUCUCCUAAAUCCGUUUUGGUAUCUUGCUGGACAGACGAUGAAGAAGAAGAGGAGUGAAACUAUAAAGGGUAUAUGGUUUUAAAGCUUUAUUUUGCUUCUUUUAAAUGUUUCCGCCAGUGUAGCUCUCAG